CACUAUCGAUUCGAGGGCAGUUUCCGAAAACGACUCCUUUUGUGGUGCUCUGAAAGUUCUCUUCCGCCAUGGAAGCUGCAGCCGGGACUGCGAGAGUUUUCAAUCGCCGGCUCUAUACCAAUUUCAUCAAACCAUCUCAUCUGAAUCCUCGAAUUUAUCGCCUAAACCCCAUUGUACGUGCGGCCCCUGUUUCUUUUCUGCAAUUCAAUCCUCCCAACUCCAGACCCAUCAACGUCUUCCUCUCCCUUUCGUCGUCUCAUCUCUCCAAUUCGUCGAACCCAUUUGAAAAUUUCACCCAUACCAAUUUCGGUUCUCAAUCUACCGCGAAGGAAGGGUUAUUCAAAUGGCAUCUAGCUCCAGAUGCCGGCAUCAAUGGCAGCCGGAGUCUAUUGGUCGGACCGAAAGACCCAGUAGCGACGGUGGUUUUGCUCGGCUGGCUGGGAGCGAAGCAGAAGCACCUAAGGAAGUACGUGGAGUGCUACAAUUCACUAGGGAUUCACGCGGUUACCUUCGUUGUUGAUGCCGGCGAGCUGCUUGGCUUCGAUUUGGGGGAGAGAGUGGAGAGGCGGAUCGCUGCGUUGGCCGAUGAGCUCAUUUCCUGGGUCACCCAGAGGGGAGAAGAAGACGGCAGAGAGCGUUGCUUGCUGUUUCACACUUUCAGCAACACUGGCUUUUUGACGUAUGGUUACGUUAUUGACAUUAUGCAAAGUAGAGAAGGUGUGACGAAUAAGAUCAAAGGUUGUGUGGUCGAUUCUGGAGGUGCUGGGCUGUUGGAUCAUAAGGUGUGGGCUGCUGGGUUUGCUGCAGCACUCUUGAAGAAACGGAGCUCUGCAGUUCCAAAUUCAGAAGAGGAAACAAAUAGCCAAAAGACUCGAAUCGCGGACAGUCAAUCACCUGAUCUCAUAGAAACAUUGGUGCUAGGAGCACUGGAGAUAUUUUUUUCGGUGGUUCUAAAGUUUCCUGAAGUCGACCGGAAGUUGAGGAAGACUGUGGCUGCUGUCUCAAACAACCAGCUAUUGAAUUAUCCUCGGCUUUACCUGUACAGUACGGGAGACAUUGUUGUGCCCCAUGAGUUGAUCGAAGCUGCAAUCGAGGAGGAAAGGAGAAAGGGAAGAAGGGUUGUCUCCCAUAACUUUCAAUCAUCUCCACAUGUGGAUCAUUUUCGGGCCUUCCCAGAAACGUAUCUAUCGGUUGUUCAUGGGUUUUUGAAGGUAUGCUUUUCGAAUGUAGCAGCAGCAACAGCAGCAGACGUGAAGCCUCAUCAAUGAAUGGACGUUGCCAUUCUUGUAGGCAUCGAUUCCUAUUUGUUUGCCAAUUGCUUGAGCUACCUCUGGGCAAAAGGGGAAAACAUGAUCAAGAUGUCCUUUUGUGGACCUGCAGUCAGCUGUUAUAUUCAUCACUAUUCGUACACUUGUCAGCCAUUCAAACCGAGGUUACAUACGAAAAUAGCCACGAUUUAGCAUAGCAUGGAGAGGGAAAUGUUUGGGGGAAAAUCCCAAAAUACACUAGUAAUUAAAAAUAAUUCCCAACAUACAUAAGUUAUAAAAAAAAAAUUUCAAUCUACACAUGUUUCACAAUCACUGCCUUUGUCAAAGGCAGUGAACAAUAUCACCGUUUUCGACGAACGCGGUGAACAAAUCACCGUGUUUUGAUAAAACGGUGAAGGCUUCACCGCGGCUAAGUAAAACGGUGAAAUUGCA